UAAGAUGGCUAAUAAGGAAAAUCUCAAUCGGCUAGGCUAGUUUCCCGAAUUACUGGUUGUCGUACACGUCGGCUACUGAUCGAACUAUUCCAGGUCUAGUCUCUCCACGCCAUCUGCGUCCUGAAUUCCGCCCCUUUGGAUCUUGGCGCGGCUUCCACAGCCAUCUUCUUCAUACAUCCUCCCUGAUCGGCUCACUCUCGCCUCCUCGUUGUUUGAUGCGUUGUUUCUUGUGUCUUCAUCGAAUUUCUUCUUCUACAAUCAGGAGUUCCGUUACGUUAGUUUCUUGAUCAAUUUUGCUCUUCACUGCUCGCAUAUUCGAACAUGGACAGUCAACGGCGCCGGAUAGCAUCGGGUCUUGGUGGUCUUCUCUUUUGGGGAAACAAUUCUGCUUCUGAUGACGACAGCCACGUUGAGCAACUACUAGACAGAGUAAACAAUGGUGUCCUAGCUGAGGAUAGGCGUUCUGCUAUAACGGAACUGCAGCAAGUUGUUGCAGAAAGUAGCUCUGCUCAGUUAGCAUUCAGUGCAAUGGGCCUUCCGGUACUUCUAUCUGUGUUGAAGGAAGAACGGGACGAUACUGAAAUCAUUCGAGGUGCUCUGGAAACUCUACUAAGUGCAAUCACGCCUAUUGAUACAGUACCAGGACAGAAGAAUGAGGUUCGGCCAGCUUCAAUGAAUGUGGAUCUCCUUUCCCGUGAAUCAGAGAACAUUUCGCUUCUUAUUAGUUUGCUGUCAGAAGAUGAUUUUUAUGUCCGGUACUAUACUCUGCAGCUUUUAACAGCUCUUCUCACUCAUUCCUCUAACAGGUUACAGGAAGCCAUUCUAUCCAUUCCUCAUGGUAUUAUUCGCCUCAUGGACAUGCUUAUGGAUCGUGAGGUUAUCAGAAAUGAAGCACUACUACUUCUUACAUACCUAACUCGUGAGGCAGAGGAAAUUCAAAAGAUUGUUGUUUUUGAAGGAGCGUUUGAGAAGUUAUUUAGCAUUAUCAAAGAGGAAGGAGGAUCUGAUGGGGGUGUUGUUGUCCAGGAUUGUAUUGAGCUGCUGAAUAAUCUCAUUCGCAACAACGCUUCUAAUCAGAUGUUGCUCAAGGAAACUAUUGGAUUUGAGCCUUUGAUAUCAAUUCUGAAACUCCACAGAGGAAGUGCUUAUAACUUCACACAACAGAAGACAAUAAAUCUGCUACAUUCACUGGAAACUGUUGACUUGCUUCUGAUUGGAGGUCCCGAUGCUGACCCAACAAAAGAUGCUAAUCGAUUAUCUAAUCAGACGGCAUUUGCUCAGAAGAAAAUUUUAGACCAUCUUCUGAUGCUGGGAGUUGAGAGUCAAUGGGCUCCGGUAACCGUGCGCUGUAGGGCAUUGAGAUGCAUAGGAAACUUGGUUGUGAGAAAUCCUCAGAAUUGUGAUGCUCUUGCAAGCCAGUUGGUUGGAGAGGAACGCCAUUCUGAGCCCGCCCUUAAUGCUAUUCUUCGUAUUAGUCUGAGUACCUCUGUUUCUCAGGAAUUUGUUGCCGCUGUCUAUGUUUUCAUGUGCUUUUGCAAGAAAAAUAAAGAUGGGCAACUUUUAUUGGCAUCAACAUUGACAAAAACAACUUCAGUUGCACAUGGUAAUCUUCAAGAUGAUGGGAACCUUUCUUUUGGAAGCAUGCUCUUGCAAGCUUUGGUAACAACAAAAAAUGGAGAUCUGGAGAUGUGCGCCAGAGCUUGUAGCAUUCUUUCUCAUAUAAUAAGGGACAAUAUUCACUGCAAGGAGCGUGUCUUACAAGUCAAGCUUGAUGAACCAGUCCCUUCUUUGGGCUCGCCCGAACCGUUAAUCCAUCGGCUAGUUAAAUACUUGGCUUUCGCUGCCUCUUCGAAAAAUAAAAAUAGCAAUCAGUCCAACACAAAUGGAUUAGCGGAUAGCCUAUACAUCCAACCAAUUAUUCUUCAAUUGCUUGUUACUCUGUUGGCCGAUUGUUCGGAUACCGUCCACUGCUUUCUCGAUUCACCAACACAUCUUACAUAUUUACUGGACUUAAUUUCAAGCCCUCAAGUCAGCAUAUUUGUUCGGGGAUUGGCCGCCUUAGUUCUCGGAGAAUGCAUCAUCUACAACAGUUCUGUAGAGAAUGGUAGAGAUGCUUUUGCUGUUGUUGAUGCCAUCAGCCAAAAGAUCGGUCUUUCUUCGUAUUUUGCGCACUUCGACGAGUUACAGAAGGCGUUUAAUUCUCACUUCGCUGCAUCAGCUCCCAUCAAGCCACCCAUAAGGUCUAGUUCUGCCAGCAUGCUGGACAUACAAGAGGUUGAGGAUGAUGGGCUGGAUCAAAUGCAGGAUCACCCGAUUCUCAUUGCUGUUCUUGAUUCAUUAUUCGUUGCUUUUGUUAAAAAACUUGAAGCGGAAAUCAGAGAAAAGGUGGUGGAUAUCUUCAACAACACGAAAAACAAGGCUGUGAUUGUUCCUUCUGAGCUGGAGCGAAGGGAUGGAGAGAUUGAUAGGGAUUACAUUAAAAGGUUAAAGUCUUUCGCAGAGAAACAAUGCCAUGAUAUGCAGGAUCUGCUCGCGCGGAAUGCAACAUUAGCUGAGGAAUUGGUGAGGACUGGUGGAAGCGAAGCACUGGAAGCUGCCGCCAUGAAGCCGAGCAGCGGGAGAGACCGGAUCCAGUUAGAGUCACUCCGUCGCGAGCUGCAUGAAGCAACGAAACAACUCGAAAUACUGAAGAUGCAGAAAGCUAAGAUCGAAGAGGAAGCCAACUACUACCAGAAUGCAGCCGGAAAGCUGGAAUCUGACCUAAAGAGUCUAUCAGAUGCUUAUAACAGCUUGGAGCAAGACAACUUCCGACUCGAAUCGGAGGCGAAAGCUUCAAGGAAGGAAGGGAACUUGUUCCAUCCUGAUGUGGAAGCCAUUCGAGCUGAAGCACGAGAAGAAGCUCAAAAAGAGUCCGAAGCUGAGCUGAACGAUCUGCUCGUCUGUCUGGGUCAGGAGCAGAGCAAGGUGGAUAAGCUGAGCACGAGACUUGCGGAGUUAGGCGAGGAUGUGGAAAAGCUUCUUGAAGAAAUAGGGGAUGAAUCUGGCUUGCCAGAUGAAGAAGAAGAAGAAGAUGGUGAUGAAAAGUGAGAGAGAUGUAAAUUGAUGCCUCUGAGGUUUAUUUUAACUUCUUAAAUUUGUUGGCACUGUAUAGAUUGCACAGCAAAUAACAAACUGAAGGCUUGUCUUGUUGCCUCUUUCUAAACUGAAGAUUCAUGAUUGUAUGGUGAUAUUUGUUAUGGGAUUUUCAGGCUA